AUGCCCUUGCUGUUCUUCAUCCCCCUCGCCUCCUCGUCGCUCGCGCGUUCUUUAAGGCGCGGGGCCCACGAAGGCAAUCCGCCGCUGCCGCUGGGCGGGGAGGACGGCAGCGCGGUGGGGGAUGACGGCGGCGGCAGCAACGCGCUCGUCAUCGCGCCCGCUGCGCCGUGCGCGCGGGGCAGCCGUUACCACGAGCCCUGCGAGCGAGUGGACGGGGUCGAAGCUGAGCUGGCAUCCGGCGCUGACGUGGCUGCUGACGUGGCGCUGGACAACGAUGAGCUGGAGCUGGUGGACGACCGCAAGAAGCGGCGCAACAGCAAGCGCGUGCAGCGCAAGCUGCGCCGCAUCCAGGCAGCACGAGGCGUCGGCCACCGCACUGCAUCUCAUGGCACCCAGCAGCACAUUGGGACAG